GCAUUGUUCGGACUCGCAGAUACACUCAGACAGUGAGGUGCUGUUCUACUGUUAAUAACGAACUCGGAAGUGAUUCAUAAUUUAAUUAAACUUUAUUAGGUAUACAUCGAUUCAGUCUCCGAGCGAACAUCGCAAUAACGUCGACCGUCGAAAUGGCUCGAUAUUUGCUGAUAUUCACGUUGGCCGGUGUCGCGAUGUGCAGCGGCGGGAGCUUGGAAAACGUCGAUCGUUUUACGGGUACGAAAACUGGAUCUUCGAUCGCCGGAGGUGCGAAGGGAAAAUUUCGCGAACCUUCGCUGCAGGCCUACGGGCUACCGAAGUCGCGGUUGGACCUGAAUUUCGGUGACAAUCCCGUCGUCGAGCGGGAAUCGCUCAAUUCCAAAGUGAAGACGACGCGACGAAGAUUCGCGCCACUUCCAGAAGUCCGAUUGGCGACCACCACGAGAGAACCGAGCAUUCAAGCGUACGGACUGCCGAAAAAAUUCUUCGAAAGUAACGGGGUAAUCGAAAGAACUUCCGUUACCUCCUCGGAGUCGGGAUCCGCGGCCGACGACGACAAUCCCGACGGUGAUCAAUUCGGGAUUCGAGCCUACGGAGUGGUCAGAAGCGGUGCAAGUUCGGAAAACGACGAAAAUACCUCCGGUAAUAUCGAAGAGAAUAAAUCGGCUCACGUAAGGCCAACGUUUCGUGGAACCAGAUCGAUCGACGGACGCGUUAAAAACGAUCUGGACGACCUUGAGGGUCAGGAAGCGAAGGUGUUCAGACCGCUUUUUGUCUACCGACAACAAAUCGCCGAUAGGUACAGAUCGAAACCGAGAAAAAAUCCGAUCUACGGGGCGUAUCAGUACGGCCGUAAUGUGAACAAAAAAAAAUCCACCGUCCACGGCAGGUCACGUAACCAUCAUUAAUUAAUUUCAGUUACGAAUAAUAUUGCGGCUUGAGAUGUAGAGCAGACGCGGCUGCUGCAGGUCCAGAAAACUAUUGAAACGAGGGAUGGAUCGAGAAUCGGAUUGUCGCAUUCGUCGACCGUAGAUUAUUUUUAUCGGCUCCUGAGAAAAGAGGAAAACAAAAAUAUAAAAGUUAAGGUAAUAAUUCGAUGCGGGCUCGAGUCAUUUUCUUCUUUUUCAUCUAAUUUCGUAGAGCAAAUUAGUAAGACAAGUGCAGUUGUGAUAACCUACAUAAUUAUAAAUAAAAGCUGAUGCAACCUACACGAAAAUAGAUAAGGGACUGCCGGGAUAAAACCAAAAUUAAUCACACAUGACAUGUGUCUGAUGAUAUUAUAUUUUCAUUAUUACGAUGAAUUCUCAUGAGUUAUUAAAACGCGUGGCUCUUAAUUACUGUACUUAUACAUUCGACCUUCCAAACUUAUGACCCCACACCAGUUUUUGGUCAGGGUUCUCAAAAAUAAUGCGAUAAUACAAAGUGCGUUUGAAGAUUAUUAAAAGAAGAGAAAAAUAGAAAAAAAAUAAUGAGAGAAAAAACCAAAAAAAUAAAUUAAACAGAAAAAAAUAAGUAAAACCUGGUUAUAGCUUAUUACGUGUAAUCGAUUUGAGAACUUUGUUCUUACCAAAAAUUAAGUUCAAUUAUUUUUAAGCGAAACAAAGUAGAUAAAUAAAAAUUUAGUUUUAGAAUAUUUAUAAUGUAUAACGAAUAGAUACAUAUCUCUGUAAUUACUAAUAAAGUUGAACAGUCUUUACAACUAA